AUGCCACCCCGCAAUUCUGCCCCUUCUAGUUCUGAGCCAAAUGCUGAAAACCUUGAGGGUGUUUUUAAUGCUAUUAGAAGUCUUGCUGAGGUGGUGGAAAAACAUGUUAGUACUAGUGGAACAGCUAAGCCCAAAGAUGCUGAGAUUGAAGGAUGUACCAUUGAGCAAUUUAGGAAAAUGGGUCCUCCUUCAUUUUUGGGAAACCCUAAUCCUACUGAAGCAGAGACUUGGAUAAUGCAAAUGGAGAAAAUAUUUGAUGUGGUUGGUUGUACUGAAGUGCAAAAAGUCUCUUUUGCUUCAUUUAUGCUGAAAGGGGAAGCGGAGCAUUGGUGGAGAUCCACUAAAAAGACUUUGCCACUUGAGAAAGAUGAGAUAUUGACUUGGACUAUUUUCCUUGAUGCUUUUUAUGAGAAAUAUUUUCCAGAAAGUAUACGGGAUGAGAAAGAAGUGGAGUUUAUGGAGCUCAUUCAAGGGAAUAAAACUGUAUUACAGUAUGAGGCUAAAUUUACUGAGUUGGCCCGAUUUGCUCCUCAUAUUGUGUCUGAUGAUGCUAGGAAAGCUAAGAAAUUUCAAAGGGGUCUACGACCAAGUAUCAGAACUAGGAUGGCAGCCUUACGAUUGAAGGCUUAUUCUGAGGUAGUAGAAACUGCAAAAGUUGUUGAGAAGGAAUGUGAAGACUAUCAGAGGAUUCGAGAUCAAAAUAAAAAGAGAUCCAAGCCUGAAGAAUCUCAAAAAGAAAAUGAAAAUGACAAACCAUUCAAAAAGAAGACUACAAUAGAAGUAGAGCCUAAGGUGGUGCAACAAGUAAUAGAGAAUUGUUCGAAGUGUGGUAAAAAGCAUAACGGUGUUUGCUAUCGUGAAAGUGGGGCAUGUUUUAAGUGUGGAAAAAUGGGUCAUCGUAUCAAAGAUUGCCCAGCUUUGAAGAAUGAGCCGAUGGUUAAGCUUAAUGAUGUGAAUCCAAGGCCAAAAAUCCAAGGACGAGUGUUUGCUAUUACUGGGCAAAGGGAUGAGGAAACUAAGUCAGGUACCAUCUCCUUAUUUUCUCUUAUUAAGUGA